UUCAGAUCACAUAGACACCAUGACCCCAGAGGGCACAAAACAGCACAUUACUUCCACUUUUGCUGCUAACCCUAGCUUAGUUGAGGAUAGGUCUGGUGAUUACUUACAGAGAAUGUUAACUAGUUAUGAGGAAUUAGGCAGGAAACUUCACCAGUGCAUGCCCUUUCCUACAGUACCGCUCGUAAAUACACCUGCAGUGAGUGUUGACACCAGAACUCUCCCUGUUAGCCAUCAGCCUCCCAGUGAUGUUAAUACAGUAACAGAGAAGUUUGUUUCCUAUAAAGACCUACCCUACCUCCAUCGUAGAGAGUUCAAGGUGCAAGGGGGACAAAUCGGUGAUCAUACCUCUGAUAUAACUUAUAACAGCUUAAGCAAACAGAUUGAAGAGGGUGUUCGGGAAAAUUUUAGCAAUCCAGAAAUUGUCCGAGGUGUACUGAAGAUAGUAAAGCCUGGAAAUUUUAAGGAUAUGCUCAUGAACAAAGAGGACAUGACAGUAGAGGAGCUGAAGGUGUUCCUCCGGUCACAUUUGGGUGACAGAAAUAGCACUGAACUCCUUCAGGAACUAAUGUGUACUAAACAGAGUGAUUCAGAGACACCACAGCAGUUUCUGUAUCGAGUCAUUGGGUUAAAGCAGAAAGUUCUCUUUGCAUCUAAACAAGCGGAUACGGACAUUAAGUAUAGCCCAGAGACAAUCCAAGGUGUCUUUUUACAUACUGUUUAUCAAGGCUUGGGUCACAAGCAUAGUGAUCUUCGGCGAGAGCUAAAACCAAUUUUGUCAGACAGUACUGUGAGUGAGGAAGCAAUAUUGAGACAGGUGACAAAAAUUACCAGUGACGAGGGUGAACGACAACGCAGGCUCGGUGUGGCAACUAGACCUAAACAGAUGGUUGCACACAGUGCACAGCUAAAAUCUGAUACACAAAAGAGUCAUGACCUCAAACAAAAGUUUCAAGAUAAAGAUGUCCUACAACAGCUCACUGCAAAAAUUGAUGCAUUAACAAGUCUGGUUGACUCAAUGAGACAGUCAGUACCACCUGGAAAAGCAGAACCGACAUGUAAAUGUCAGUCUUAUAAGCCAUCUCUACACAAACGAGAGAGACCUUAUGGCUGUCCUACCCACUGCUUUGUGUGUGGCAAGGAGGGACACAGAGCAAGGGGGUGUCUUGGGAAAAGUGAGGAUCAGGGAAACAGGAGUGGGUCACUGGUGAGGGACAAGCAGUGACCAGUCUGGCAGG